UUUUUUUUUUUCUUUUUUUCCAUCACGUUUAGAACAACAUGGUUGACCUUUCUACUUCCAUUGCUGGUGUGUCUUUACCCAAUGUCUUUUUCAAUGCUUCAGGUGUAUGGUGUCAACAAGAAGAAGAAUUGCAAGCAUUAGUGGAAAGUGGAUCUGGUGCAUUGAUCACAAAGUCAGCAACCUAUGAAUUCCGUGAAGGUAACCCUUCUCCUCGUUAUCUUCCUUUACCCAAUGGAAUAGGCAGCAUCAACUCUAUGGGACUUCCUAACGAAGGCUAUGAAUACUAUCUCAAUUAUGCUCGCAAGUUUGACUAUACCCAAUCUAAGCCUUUGUUCAUCUCCUUAUCCGGAUUGUCGCUGGCCGAUAAUGUCAAGAUGGUGGAAGCCUUUGUACAAGCCAAUCUACCUUGUGUGUUGGAAGUUAACUUUUCUUGUCCCAAUGUACCUGGUAAACCUCAACUUGGAUAUGAUAUUGAAGCUAUGGAUACUGCUCUUGCUACUUUGGCGCCAUUGAUCAAGAAACCUUUUGGUAUUAAGCUUCCUCCUUACUUUGAUAUUGCUCAUUUUGAUCAAGUGGCUGCUGUUGUCAACAAAUAUGAUAAUCUUGCUUACGUUACUUGUAUCAAUUCAGUUGGUAAUGGAUUGGCUAUUGAUUUGGAAACGGAAACUGCUUUGAUCAAACCUAAAGAUGGAUUUGGUGGCUUGGGUGGUUUGAUGGUACUCAAUACAGCUCUUGCCAAUGUCAAUGCUUUUUAUCGUCGUCUUCCUGGAAAACAAGUCAUUGGUGUGGGUGGUAUUGUAUCUGGUAAAGAAGCAUUCUUGCAUAUUUUGGCGGGUGCAUCUGCUGUACAAAUUGGAACUCAAUUGAAAGAAGAAGGUCCUGCUAUGUUUGAUCGUGUCAAAAAGGAAUUGGAAGAUAUUAUGGUGAAGAAAGGAUACAAGUCUGUGGAAGAAUUCCGUGGCAAGGUCAAGACUCUGUAAUUAUUCUGUAGUUUUUUUAUAUUUUUAAAUAAUUAUUAUUAUGAAUAAUAAACUUGGGCUUUUGUUAUUGAUAAGGGUACACAAACUCGAGGCGGAAGGCCAAGUUGCAUUUCAUUUGAAAAGGCGGGGAUUUU